UUCCAAUCAGGGGUUUUCUAAGAGCUGCACAGCUACAUAGCUGGUAGCUGGCUCAGGAGCACGCGUGUGGGCCUGGAAGACGGAAAAAGGGCACUGCCCACUUGCCUGGUCUGCAGGCCUGGCCUCUGUUCUCAGGGCCUGGGAAACAGUCACCUCCUUUCCUGCUCUGGAGCCAGCAGCCUGUCCUCGGGGUCACUGCUAUUUCUGCCAAAGGGGAGAGGUAAUUAUAGCUCAGCCCUUGCCAGCUGGCCGAGCUCUGCAACCCAGAAAAGGGGCCUGGGGCGGGGACGCAGGCUGCCCACAGAUUGGGCCUGCAGGCGGCGGGCAGUCCCUCCAGAUCAGAGCGCAGGAAGCCGGGCAGACACAGCCUCGUCCACCUGUGCGGCCCAGAGCCUGCCUCUCCAGGGGCAGGAGGGCCCUGCCAGCCAAAACCUGCCCAGGACAGUGCUGGACAGUUCCCACUGGGGGACGCCACAGAGCCUGGCUGUCACUGUCCCUCACCUGGACCCAGGAAGGAGCAGGGGCAGAGACCAGGGCAGCAGGGUCAGGCAUGGACACCAGCAAGCCUUCUCCAAACGCUGUCAGAGCCCUGGUGAGCGCAGGUCUAUACAGUCACAGCCGAGCCAGCAGGGAAUGGCUCGUUCCUCGGGUCCCUUGAGCCCAGGCCAGGGUUUUGGGGAGCCCCAGAGGACUGGCCCUUUCUGGGCUGACUUAACCAGGAGGCCCACCAUGAUGCUGGGUGCCCCCUCCAGCCCGGGACGCACCAUUCUGGGGCAGGCGCAGCAGGAGGGUGGGCCCGUCAUCUCCAGCAUCAGUGUGCAGGGUGCUUGGCAGACAAGCCCCAUUCAACACGGGAGACGCUGACUCAGUGCGAGAGACCCACCUGGGUCCGGCUGUGGCCAGGAUCUGGAUCGGGGUCCACCUGCCCCGUCUGCUGGGCUGGGAGGCUGUCCCGCUGCACCAGCAGACACAGCCAUCACCCAGUCCUGUUGUCACUGCGUGUCCUAAACACCCCAGAGGCAAGCGGGCCCUCUCAGGGUGAGAGCGGGGCUCAGGGCCGCCAGGCCGGCCCCUGUUGCCUGCCCUCCAGCUCUGGUGGGGCACCUAGGCGAGCCCUGCGAGCACAUGGUCAUCCAGCAGCGCCCCCAGGGGUCUUCUUGCUCAAUUCAGAAACACAUGCUAUCUGGGGAGCUUCCAGCCAGUUCCCAGCUGGGAGUGCUGGGCUGAGAGCAGACAGCCCUUCCCUGAGGCCCCUGUCCACGCUCGGGGGAGGCUGGCCUGGAGGCACCAUGGCCUCCUGUCCCCUUUUCCAGCCGGGACAAGCAUGCGACUUGUGGCCUCAGUCCCACUUAAUGAAGAUAAGCUGCGCAGGGGAGGGGGGGUCAAAAAUCAGCCAGGGCCACCAAUCUCCGUGCUGACAGCCUCCGCCAGUGCCAGCCUGGACAAAAGGCAGAGAAGUGGCUGGGCCCGCAGGGCCACUGAGGCCACUGCCCUGCAGCUGUAAUGGAAACCUCCCUGCUGGCCUGUAAGCUGGCAGCUCUGGUCUCACUCUGCUUGAGGCUCUGAUCACCGGCGGAUUGCAGCUGGCCAGGUGGGCGAGCUCACCAGCGGGCAGCACCUGCAGGAGCCCAGGACCAUGUUCCAAUAAAUGCCGACAGCAGUGCCAGCCUUGAGCCCUGACUCCCGGCCGGAGACAGAUGAGACCAGAGAGAAUGAGGAGCCUCCUCCGGGCCCUAUGACACCCAGGGCGCAGAGGGAGGCUGACAAGAAGUGCCCGCCCUCCAUCUUGAGGCGGAGUGGGCUGCAACACCACGGCCCUGGGGCUGAGCCACAGAGGACCUCGAGGCAUGUGCGGUUCCAAGAGCCGCUGGAGGUGGCUGUCCACUAUGCUGCCUGCAGGGAGCCCCCCACCACCACCAAGGCACCGGGGCCACGCCUCUGCAGCGGCUCCCUGCUCCUGCGGCUGUCCGUGUGCGUCCUGCUGGCACUGGUGCUCGGCCUGUACUGCAGCCGGGCCAAGCCGGUGGCGCUGGCCCUCGAGGACCUCCAGGCCCGGCUGCUGGGCCUCAUCCUGUGCUUGCGGGACGCGGCCCUCACCUGCUGGCGCUGCCUCCUACAGCUCUGACCGCGCAGGACUCACCUCCACCCCGGCAGCACCAGCGGGCAGCAUUGCGGGCACAGAGCCCCAGGGUGGCUGGAGGCCCGAACCCUGAACCCUGGAGACUCAGGUCCCCACUCUGAUCAGGGGCCCCCCUGUUCACAUACUGGGGUCCUCUGUGAGGUUUCAUUAGAAAAAGGAUCCAGUACUGAAAACUGGGGACCCACGAGCUCUUUAGACCCCUCCCUCGUCCCAGUGGGAACUUGAUGCCCUUGGGCCUGGCCUGGAUGCGGCACAGUGUAGCCCCUAUAGAAGGGGUCACCCUGCCCUGAGUCUGGGGGACCCCGCAGGGAGGGGCAACUGGCCUUUUGCUUAGGGCCUGAACUGCCAGGACCCAGAAGCCCCGCUGGGGGAGGUGAGCUGGCUGCUGGGUCACGCCCUCCCGCAGGCCCCUCCCAAAGCCACACGCAGGCUAGGGCCCCACACCCCAACCUUGCUGGCGGUGUUGGGCUGUCAUCCUGAGCCCAGGUCUGACCCCUCACUGGGCCCAAGGCCUGGGGGAAGCAUGUCCUGCCCAGCACCCCCCAGCCAUCCUGCCUCAGGGUGUGGAGCAGAAAGGGGGACAGCAAAGAGCCCAGAGGCAGGGCAGCUCUGCCCAGAUGCCCACCAUUCUCAGAACACAGCCAUCUGUGCGCAUGUCCGGGGCAUGCUGCACAGCUGGGGGCCUGUGAAUACCCAGACUGCACGCACUGCCAUGCCGUCCCCCAUGGGGCACGGCCAAGGGGCCCCUCCAGACCCCGCACAGAGCAGGGAGGCCCAUGGCCCUGGGACGACCUUCGAAUGAGUGUCCACAGGCUGCCCCUUGGGGGGCUGACCGCUAAGCCCUGCCCACCAGAGGUGGGGAGACUGAUUUCCUAUUAAAACGCACGGAACCUC